CUCGAGGGCGUCUUCCGUGACUGGAUCGCAUGAAGCCGACGCGUUUUCGGAUCCAGAGUCUGGGGUAGCUCCUAAUCUAUAAGUACCAGAAGAGCAUCGCGAAACGAGUUGCCCUCCUCCACCCUCCUAGUUCGUCGCAUCCUUCAAAGUCUUUCGAUUAUCGUCUGCUCUUCUUUGACAGUCAUUCCUAACAUGGCUGCGAUGAGUAACGCGGAGCUCUCUGGUGACGAGAAAUACACCGUGAACCACUCGGAACACAUGAAGAACGAUGAUGCCCACAACGCGGCAGAGCGCGGCCAUGUGGCAACAGAUGCUCAGGGCAAUUCACUCAUAACGUUCGAUCCUAAGGCCGAAUCACGUCUCCGAUGGAAGAUCGAUCUCUACAUCGUCCCGACUGUCGCACUGCUUUAUCUAUUCUGCUUCAUUGAUCGAGCAAAUAUUGGCAAUGCUAGAUUGGCGGGACUGGAAAAGGACCUCAAAUUGAAGGGAUACGAUUACAACACCGUCCUUUCCGUUUUCUAUAUCUCUUACAUCGUUAUGGAAAUUCCCGCCAAUAUGCUCUGCAAAUAUAUGGGACCGGGUUGGUUCAUUCCUAUCACCAGUUUGGGAUUCGGAAUCAGUUCGAUCGGCACGGCUUUCGUUCACGACAUCCAUGCCGUCUGUGGUGUUCGUUUCAUCCUGGGUGUUUUUGAGGCCGGUAUGCUUCCCGGAAUCGCCUACUACAUGUCCCGUUGGUACCGCCGUUCCGAGCUUGCAUUCCGUCUUUCGCUUUAUAUCGUCAUGGCGCCUUUGGCCGGUGCUUUCGGUGGUCUUUUGGCAUCUGCCAUUCUGAAGUUGGAUAGCUUUGGAAGCCUCACUCGCUGGCGCAUGAUUUUCGCCAUUGAAGGCAUCAUCACCUGCAUCCUGGCCUUGAUAUCUUUUGUCACCCUCACCGACCGACCAGAAACUGCACGAUGGCUUACACAGGAAGAGAAGGACCUUGCAAUUGCCCGUGUCAAGUCUGAGCGUGUUGGAACCACCGAAGUCCUCGACAAGAUUGACUGGACCAAGACUCUUCGAGGCAUCAUCAACCCUUCUACCCUGGCAACCUCCUUCAUUUUCCUCCUCGACAACAUCACCGUCCAAGGUCUUGCUUUCUUUGCUCCAACAAUCGUCAGGACGAUCUAUCCCAAGGACUCCGUGAUCUCGCAACAGCUCCACACAGUACCACCGUACAUUGUUGGCGCAUUCUUCACCGUCCUGCUCCCGUUCCUCUCUUGGCGUUUCGAUCGUCGCCUCAUCUUCAUGAUUGCCUCCGCUCCUCUGAUGAUGGCCGGCUACAUCAUGUUCCUCGCCACUACAUCUACGCAAGUCCGCUACGGAGCCACAUUUAUCAUCGCUUCGGGCGCUUUCUCGUUCGGUGCACUUUGUAACGCCCAAGUGUCUGCAAACGUUGUUUCCGACACUGCGCGCGCUUCUGCUAUCGGCACCAACGUCAUGUUCGGAAACAUUGGCGGUCUCAUUUCGACUUGGAGCUUCCUUCCAGCCGAUGCGCCCAACUUCCCUAUCGGCAAUGGACUCAACCUGGCCACGAGCUCUGUCGUCUUGCUUUCCAGCGUUGCGCUGUUAUUCUGGAUGAAGGCAAGCAAUCACCGCAGGAAGCAGAAGAACGUGGAGCAAGAAUUGGAAGGAUUGACGACACAGCAAGUGCAGGAUCUAGAUUGGAGACAUCCUGCUUUCCGGUGGAGGCCUUGAAAGCUGCCAUCUCUGCAGGACAUUCUCAAAGCACUUUUCGAACAGCCAUGCCACUUUAGUAUUAGGGAUUUAGCACGUGAUGUAAUUGAUCGAGUAAUAUAAGGAUGCUGGCUUCACUCCGCUUCACACAAUUUGAC